AUGUGCCCACCUUCAGACCUUGCCAAUGCCGCCGUUCGAGACGCUGGCGGUGCAUCCGACCACUAUCCCUUUGAGGCUUCCCUGGAUACACCGAUAUCGAAAGCUGCAUAUACACAUGCUGCAAGCAUUCUGCAUCCAUCCAUCCUCAAUCACAGCAUCAGGGUGUUCAAGUAUGCAGACGAAAUAGCCAAACACACUAGCUCAAAGUACUUCACGGAUCCGCACCAGCGUGACCUACUGUUCACCGCAUGUCUCCUCCAUGACAUUGGCACGACGCAAGAAUACAAUGGCCCACAGCGAUUCGAAGUCGAAGGUGCGGAUGCAGCAGUCAAGCACCUCUCGGAUUUCAGUGUUAGCAAAGAGGAUGCGCACUGUGUAUGGACCGCCAUUGCAUGUCACACAUCUCCGGGCAUUGCAGAACGGAUCGGCGAGCUCUCGAGAAUCGUGCGCAUAGCUGUAGUCACGGACUUUCGAAGGGAUGUUACAGAAUGGAGCACGCUCGAAUCAAUGAGAGAGAAGCUGGAAGCUCAGCACGAGCGAGUAGGGAUCGAGAAGGUGCUUGGAGAUGCAGUCGUUGAGCAGGCAAAGAUGAACCCUAGAAAGGCGCCCAAGGUUUCAUGGCCUCACGCAAUGUAUGCGGCGUGGCUUGCUGAGCCAGGUUGGGACGGUGUGAACAAAGCGUUUUGA